CAUUAGAGCGAGAAACAAACAAUGGUUGCUUUUUCAAUUAGCUGUUGUCACUUGGGAAAUAUUCAAUCAAUGGCUUGGGGUUGUGCCCAUAAUUUUCUCCCCAAAAAUUACUCUAAACUCACAGUAAAACAUACAUAUUCAUAUGCUAGUUCUAUAGGAGGAGAGAAAAAUAUGAGUCAUUUGAAGAUAAGUGCAGCAAUGGAUGAUAAUACUUCCAGCAUUAGUUGUAGUACUACUAAUAAUGAACGUCCAUUGGCAAAUUUUCACUCAAGUGUCUGGGGAGACUAUUUCCUCUCCUACACUCCUCAACUCACAGAAAUUAGUAGCCAAGAAAGAGUUGAACUUGAAGAAUUGAAAGAAAAAGUCAGGCAAAUGCUAAUUAAAACACCUGAUAAUAGUAUACAAAAACUUGAAUUGAUUGAUACAAUCCAACGAUUGGGAGUUGCAUAUCAUUUCAAAAAUGAGAUUCAAACAUCCAUUAAGAACAUCUUUGAUGCGUCCCAACAGAGUGAAAAUAAAGAUGACAACCUUUGUGUUGUUGCUCUUCGUUUUCGACUAAUGAGACAACAAAGGCAUUACAUGUCUUCUGAUGUGUUCAAGAAAUUCACUAACAAAGAUGGAAAGUUCAAGGAAACACUUACCCAAGAUGUACAAGGAUUAUUAAGUUUAUAUGAAGCAGCACAUUUAAGAGUACAUGGGGAAGAAAUUCUUGAACAAGCUCUGAGUUUUACAGUCACUCAUUUGGAGUCAAUGGGCUCUAAAUUGAGCAAUUCAUUACUUAAGGCCCAAGUCAGUGCAGCCCUAAGUCAGCCCAUUCAUACAAAUCUACCAAGGAUGACAGCAAGAAAAUACAUAUCUAUUUAUGAGAACAUUGAAUCUCAUAAUAAUUUGGAUUUGCUUUUGAAAUUUGCAAAAUUAGAUUUUAACAUUGUGCAAAAGGUGCAUCAAAGAGAGCUUGGCGAGCUUACAAGGUGUUGGAAUGAUCUUGUAGAGCAAUUUUCAUAUGCAAGAGAUAGAUUGGUGGAAUGUCACUUUUAUACCGUAGGAAUCUACUUUGAGCCUCAAUAUAGUCGUGCAAGAGAAUUGAUGACAAAAGUACUCGCCAUAUACACCAUUAUUGAUGACACUUACGAUGCUUUUGCAACUUAUGAUGAACUUGUACCUUUUACCGAUGCAAUCGCUACAUACGGAUGUGACAUUAGUGCCAUGGAUUCAAUACCGCCCAGUCUGAGACCUACUUAUCAAGCCCUUGUAGACCUUGAUACUCAAAUAGAAGAAAAACUUAGCAGAGAAGGUACAUUGGACCGUCUCUACUAUGCAAAAAUUGAGAUGAAAAAAGUGGCUAGAGCGUAUUUCAAGGAAGCAGAAUGGUUAAAUGCUGGCUAUAUUCCAAAAUGUGACGAGUAUAUGAAGAAUGCAAAUAUAAGUACUACUAGUAUGAUGGGUGCAACAAUUUCCUUGGCUCUUAUGGAGGAACCUAUAACGAAAGAGACUUUUGAAUGGAUGAUAAAUGAGCCUUUGAUUCUUCAAGCUUCAUCAGCAAUCAACAGAUUGAAAGGCGAUUGUAUUGGACAUAAUUUGGAACGACAAAGAAAGCAUAUAGCUUCAUUCAUAGAAUGCUACAUGAAAGAAUUUGGAGGUUCAAAGCAAGAUGCAUAUGCUGAGGCUCAGAAGAAAAUCACUAAUGCAUGGGAAGACAUGAACAAGGACUUUCUUUGUUCUACUCAUGAUGAAGUACCAACGUUUGUCCUCGAACUGGUUAUAAAUAUAGCACGCGUGGCAUAUAUUUUCGAAGAAAAUGAUUUUGCAAGUGCCCAAGGCGAAUUUAAAGACAAGAUUAACCUGCUGUUUGUUGAGCCUGUCAAUGUUUGAGGAUAAUUUGGAGCAAAAUAAUGUAGUUUGAGAACAUAGGAAUAACUUAGUGGAUGAUGAAAAAUGAUGUAUUGAAUAAAUUAUCUUCAGAUUAUCAAAGAAGAGA